UCAGCAUUUCUGUUGCAGACUCCAUAACACCAGUCAGUCCAAAUAACUUCAAAUGACAAUCUUCAAAUUCGAUUGGCAUGCUCCAAGACGCAUGUGUUUUGUUUACGCUUCAAGCUUUUGAAGAGAGCACGAAAUCACCACUAUGCAGCCACUAUGAGCCACUAUGAAUGGCUAUGAAUCACUUAGAUCUGCGUGUAACUAUUAGCUAUUGCAAGUAGAUGAAUGAAGGUGGAUUCGUGCGGUGUAGGAGAAUCGUUCAGUGAACAGCGCAGCACUGUGUUUACAUGUUUUAAUUAGAUGAAUAAGAUAAUUUCAUAAAUUCCGACGUUUGCUGCGGGAAAAGAAGUAUUGAUUUCAGAAAAAUGCGGGUCUGUCAAGCUUGUCGUGUGGCUUACACUGACAAGGAAAUUAGAGUUUUGAAUUUGAAGAUGCACGUCUUCCCCCAAAGAGAUUGGCAACGAAAUUUUCUUCUAUCGUGGCUCUCCUUUUGUGGAAUGCCUCUUCAGACCGUAGAUUUGAAAAAUAAAUUUGUUUGUAGCAUGCACUUUUCUGCUGAAGAUUACUUUCCUGGUGGAAAUCGAAGGCUGCGGUUAGAUGCUGUUCCUCAUCUCUGUCCUCCAUCAGAGCUGGUGGUAGACGGUGACCCAAACAAGAUUAUUGCUACAAAACCCACUCGGAAGAAAAAUUUGUAUGAUCUUGGAAGACGUGAAAUGGUGGAAAAUGUGAAGCGACAGUUGUGCCGCUUGUGUGGGAAGCGAGAGAGCCAACUGAGGCCAAUAUUUGAAAAUUCCUCAGAAGAAGAAAAAGAAGAGAUCAAUUCUUCAAUUGCUACAAAGAUAAAGAUGUAUCUUCCCGUGAAGAUUGAUAAGGCAGAGUCUUUGCCUCUAAAUAUUUGCUCAGUGUGUUCAAAUUUGUUGGACAAAUUUCAUGAAAUAAGCAUUACAUGUGUAGCUGUUGAUAAUAUUCUUCGGAGAAGUUUUGGUGUGGAUCAGACAGAUGCCCUAUUUGAGGAUCCUAAAGAAAGAGCAGACAGAGAAGCUAUGGAAAGUGAAAAGUACAAACAGCACCUUCGGAGGACCGUGUCUUGGGUUGUACAGGAACAUAAUACUCUUGUAGGAGCCAUUACCAAACCCAUGGAGCCAGCACAGCAGUAUUUAUCAAAUUGCAAAGAAGUGGAAGGAAGUGGUUCUGAAUCUGGAUUGAAGCACAAACAGUUCAUUUGUAGUUAUUGUGGUGAAAGUUUUAGAUUCUUCAAACUUCGCACCAAGCACAUAGUCGUGUGUCGUGAGUUACCAGGUGUUUGUGAAGUGUGUGGUAAAGAAUUCCCUCGGAAAGAUCUGAAGAAGCAUAUGAAACAAGCACAUACUCUUCCCAAAAAUUACAUGUGUGACAAAUGUGCCAAGUGUUUCCGGUCCAUGCAAACAUUAGAUUAUCACUCAAAAACACGACAUGAACCUAAACCGGAUAUUAAGCACUUUUGUGAACUGUGUUGUAAAACAUUUUCUACAAAAACUGGUUACGAAACUCAUCUUAAAAACCAUGAAAACGGAAACAUAAAUUUGAUAUUUAGUAUAGAUACAGAUGGUCUUGAUGAUGAUUCAGUUGUGUUUAAAUGUUCUGUGUGUGAAGAGACUUUUGACAAUAAAUUAUCAUUAAUAGUUCACUUGAAUAUUCCAAAGGAAGUAAAAUGUGGUAGAUUUUCAUUGUAUAGGCACACACGUAGAUAUCACAAGACAGACAAACAAAGUGAACCUCAGACUUUGGAGAUUGAAGGUUUCCAAGGAGAUGUUGUAGUUGAAAGUAAUUUGGAUCAAGAUUGUGAAGCAGUUGACAUCAUUACAUAUGAUUUUGAUUCAUUGUGUGAGAAUAUAAUG